AUGAAGGAAAUCGAAGGAUAUAUACAAAGGUGUAAUCCUUGUGCACUGACGCAGAAAUUACCCAUCAAAGCAUCGCUCAGUCCGUGGCCCAUGGCAAGUCGGCCAGGAGAACGGGUUUACAUAGACUAUGCGGAGCCGAAAAACAAUCUCUACAUUUUAAUUUUUGUAGAUUCAUUCUCCAAAUUCAUCGAUGUCGCAAUCACACCGAUCAUUUCAGCCGAACGAAUGGCAGAGAUUUGCCGAGAAAUGUUCUCACGUUACGGUCCGCCAGAAAUACUGAUAAGCGAUAAUGGCACACAAUUUAUCACUAAUUGUUUUUCUAAUUUGUGUAGGGAAAUAAAUAUAACGUACCUAUUUUCUCCUGUUGGACAUCCCCAAUUGAACGGACGAGCCGAGCGGACUAUGGACUCGGUAAAACGAGCGAUUAAGAGAGGCGGAGCACGCUGGCGAACGCAGUUGCACUUUUUAUAUAGUCAUCGAUACAUAUUAAACAAUCCAGAAGGGAAAUCACCCGCAGAGUUGUUCUUGGGAAGGUCACCACUGACCGCAUUAUUGCCAACGAAUACAGAACCCAUAUCAUUAACAAAGGUAAACAAAGAGAAGAUGGAGCAACAAUUCAAUCGCCAUCAUGGAGCACGUAAAAGAAGUUUAAAAAUAGGCGACAAUGUGACAUAA